AUGUCGGAAGAUUUGGGAGGGAACAUCUCACAGAUAAAAAAGUUUCUUUUAGAAAAUAACCCAUCAAAGUUUUCUAAAAAGAAUUCAGAUGACGAAGUUGAUGGAAUUUAUGCUACAUUUCGAGAGUCCUUCCCGAAGUUAUUGUUCCCCUUGAGGCAAAAUAACUCGGAACUAUCUGAUUCUUCGAGAUUGAUGAUUAUUGAUUCUUUAUCUAUAUGGUUUCUAAGGUCUCAUCAAAUUUUACAAAAUAAAAAAUUAAGGUCAGAAAAGUACUCAGCAGAUAUUGAAAAGCUUUUAAUUGAUGAAACUAAUAAUUUCCUGUUUCAAUAUAUUAUAGAUUUUUCGAGUGGGAGUUCCGUUGCAAUGCUCAAUGCCUUGAAGGGCUUGCUAGAAAAUUUGUUACAUUUAUUGAAAAUGAUGUAUGAUGAAGAUCAAUAUAAAUCGUUUUUCAUGCAAUGGAUAAAUCAAAUCCUCGACCUCCCCUCCAACCUACGUGUUCAAUACAAUUUAAUUACUGCAUUGUCUAAUGAUUUUGAUCUCUUCUAUAUCCUUGAGAACAAAACUGACUUCAUAAAGACAUCAUUAUCUAUGAUGAGCUCUGAGUCGCUUUCCAACCCUGUGGGGAAAUGCCUCGUAGCUCUAUUAAUCAAUAUUUAUGCUAAAAAAUACGAAAAUAACACGACUAAUAUUACAGAAUGGUUAAAUAUCUGGUGUGAUGACACAGUCACUUACCUGAGAAAUGGAAAAUUUACAAAACCUAUAAAACUAUAUUUAUUGACCCCAUUGUUCAAAUAUUUGCCUAAGGAUGUUUUUACAAGGUUUAUACAAAAGUCCAACUUCAACGAUGACCCAAAUUUGUUGCUUUCUGUUUUAAAAAUCGGUCAAGAUCUUGCAAUAGAGGAAGAACCAUUCGACCCAAAAGUCAACUUAUUGCCUUCAGACAUGGUAGAAGAAUUACUCCAGGAUGAUACCCAUAAACUUCAAAUGUUUGAAUUGCUGGCCUACAGUAAUAAAAAAUCUAAGACCAUUCCUACUUACGUGCUCGAUACUAUAAGAAAUAAUUUAGGUAUCUUUUUUGUAGACGUCGAAAUUGAAACCCGUAAUUAUUUCGCAAGUUCAUUUAAGCAUUUUAUACUAAGAUUAAGGGAUUCUGCAUAUGCUAUUGAUAGAGAUGCUAAAAAGCUGGAAAAAGCUGGCAAGUUUCCCGAUGAACUUUUGGGAAAGCUAGAACUUAUAGAACAAUACAAAUCUUUCUUGAAGUGGCUACUAAAGUUCCUUAAGAGCCAGCUUAUCGUUGAUAUCCAAUAUCAACGAAUAUCCCUCUCAUUUUCAAUCAUACAAACACUUAUUGAAUCAGGCUUGGAUGAUUCAGUGCCAGAAAGUUUCUUGCAUCUUCAAUAUAAGAGACCAUAUCCAUUUAGUAUUUCGAUAUUAAAUGACGCAACAUUUUUCAGAUUGUUGUUAGACAACUUGUCAAGUACUUUUAGUGAUAUUAGAAAAUUUGCCAAUCAAUUUUUGCUUAUGGGUAUUGCAACACCAUCGUCCAACGGCCUGUUUUCAACAAUUAACAGGGAGAAACUAGCUGUCAUUGCUCAAGAAAAUCUAAACGUUUAUCAGAAUUCAGAAAUUGGAGCCUCUAUUGAGCUAUUCCUCUUUAGUAUUUCUGAUGAUAAAGCAUCUUUCAUUGAGCACCGCUUAACUCAACUAAGUAUUAGAAUAGAUAAAACUACAGAAAACCCUGUUCAAUAUUUGAAUAAUGGUAUAAGCAGUUCUUUAACCUCUUUAAGUAUGUUACUUGAGUCCUAUGAAAAUACUACUGACUUUCUCCACAUUAUAUCAGACUCACUAGAUUUGAUAACAGGCACUUGGGAUGUUGUCAGUGAAAUUAUGUGUCAUGAUGCUUCCGACUCCUUGCUCCCAAUGAGAUACAUUAAUUCUGGCAUUCCUGAUCAGCUUUUUACUAGUUAUGCCUUUAGGUCGAUCAAAGAAAGUUCCUCUCUACUACAUGUACUAUUACAAAAAUACCCACUCUCGCACGAUCAACUUACAUAUAUUGGGGAUCUUUUAAUUGUUCAGCUACUGAAUAUCCGUCAUAGCGGUGCCUUCCAAGCUGUACUACCAAGUUUUAGAACGUGUUGUAUACGAUGUGGAAAAGAGACUCCCGCCCAAUUAAAUAUAUGGUUGAAUAAGAUCCUCGAUUCUCUCGAAGUGAAAACACAGCAUAUGACAAGAAGAUCUGGUGGACUACCGUUUUUGGUUACAAAUAUAUUAUGUGCUUUGCCUGACAAAAAUAAGCUUGAAUUGCAGUAUGUUAUGAGACACUUACUAAGAUUGGCGUCUUCAUCGAGUGGUCUUGAAUACCACGACAAUAAAGAUGCUCCUCAGAUUACAGCUUUUAAUUGUAUCAAGGCAAUAUUUAUCGAGUCGAAAUUGUCGAACGCUUGUACUGAAUAUGUUACAGAGGCUCUAGCACUUUCUUUCAAGUACUUCACGUCUGAAAUUUGGGCUUUAAGAAACUGUUCGUUAAUGCUGUUCACUUCAUUGAAAAAUAGGAUAUUUGGAAAGGCAAACAAGACAUUGAGUGCCCGUGUAUUCUUCAGUAAAUAUAUUGGCUUAAAGGAAACACUUUUACGGAUGCUUCAAGAUAGUGUUCUCAGUGUGAAUGAAACUUCUGGUGUUGAGUCACUCUUUUUAGUGUUGAGUAUAUUGCUCUCAUUGAAACCAUCUUCAGGGCACGAUGAUUUAUCGCCAUUCCUAUAUUAUAUCAAAAAAUGUUUGUCUGAUAAAAGCUGGAAGGUAAGAGACAUGGCUGCUAGAACCUUAGCAUCAAUUGUCUAUGACCAUCAUUCUGAGUUGAUGGACUUGACUAGUAAGUGCAAUAUUUCUGAUCAAAAUGGAUUACAUGGUAACUUAUUAGCAAUCUUAUAUUUGAUAUCUGACCCUGAGCAUAUGCUCACCAAAGAAAGGGUGAUUCUAUUGGAAGCUAUGACUGAAAGACUUCCAGAACUGUUAUACAAAAACAGAUGUUUUACAACUGUUAAGGCAUACUUGGACGUCUUUGAGACUUUGCUGAUGCAGGAUAAAGCUAAGGAGAACAGUUCAACUCUGAGAGUUUUACUCCCUUUCUUGGGUAACUACUUUUUGUAUCAUUCAGAAACAGGCUCAAUUAAUGGAGCCAAGCAGUUGUGCAUGGCAAAAGUCUAUAAGCUUUUACUGACUUAUGAGUCUGCGGAAAAUAAAAAGUAUUUGUACGAACUUGGUUUAAUAUCUCAUUUUUAUGAAGUUAAAACAGUUGCACUGAAAUUUUUUACUGAGGAUAUUGAUAACGAUAUCUCAACCAAUGAUACUCUUCGUGAUAAGAUAAUAGCUAUUGUAGAUGACAAAACUAGCCCACCAGAUACCAAAUUUCUGUCUGUAAAAGCGUUACAAAUGACUCGUAAUGACGAUGCCUCUCUGGAUAUACUUUAUGAUAUGAUUUUAUCUAAGUCGUCAUCCGACGCUAUAAAAUUGGCUGCCAUUGAGUCUUUUGGUAAAAGUUUUAAUCUGGACAAGAUGCCAUUACUAUUGAAGUUUAUACAGCCCUAUUUACGUGAUGAUGCUUCUGAAGAGUUCAGACUGGCUGCAUUGAACUGUCUGAUUGGUGUCUCUGAAGUUUGUAAGGACGCCACAGUAUUACUGUUCUUAUUCAAAAUGUUAAGUGAUGAUGAUCACUCGCUUAGAUGUUCCGUAGCAGACUUCAUCAAUCAAGAACUAAUAGGAGAGAAGCAUAGUAAGUUAAGUAGAAGUCCUGUUAUUACUUCAGUAUUGUUCCGGAACUAUUUUGUCGAUGCAUUCAAAGAAGAGGAUAUCUUUGAUCCGAUAUUCAAUACAUUGAAGACCUUUUUCAAGGAUGUAGACAUUUAUAGUGAGACAAUAAAUCAGGAUUCAUUUUUGUUGUUUGAAGCGGAGAAGAACAACCAAUAUAGAAAUGAUAUUGAGCAGCACGAGCACUUCGUCAAAAUUCUAACCGCUCUACCAAUGAAACCUUUCCAAUUGGAAAGUAUUUUCGAACUCAUAACUGAACAAUCAAAUGCCUUGAUUGCAUAUCUAGAAGACAAUAAUUACGAAGACGAGCCUCUGGGAUGGUUAUCUAAUCCCGAUGUCCUAGCAAGAUUUGUCCUAUUGAGGAUACUCAUUGAGAAAUUUGUCCCUUCUAGAUUGGAGAGUUUUGGCCAGUUACUCCAUAAGCAUAGGGUUCAUGAAAUUGUUUUCGAUUUUAUACCCAUUUAUACCUGA